GGCUAUAGGGAGACCAUCAUGCGACACAAGCAGGGUAUUUUACAGGGUAGAGUGGUAAGAGAGUGGCGACGUCUGAAGUAGGCAGAGCUGAUCGUGAUGAAGUCCAUGGAGCUGUCGAUGACGUCCACGAUGAGAAGUCCGGAAUGCCGUCGAGGAAGAGCCGCAACGUCGACGAGCCGAAGUAGCAAAACUGGAGUGGAUGAAGUACUGAGAAGUCAAGGACGUGGGAAGCGACGCGGAUCUGAUGGUAACCACUACAAAGAUCAAUCAAAGCGGUUGCCUGCCAAGGCGGUCGAACAACUCAUCAGAACGAGGCAUGGGGUAGCUGUUCUUAACCGUGUAGCGGUUGAGACCGCGAUAUUCGAUGCAGAGAUGGAGAGUUUCAUCCUCUUUGCGAGUAAAGAGGACGAGUGCACCCCACGGGGAGUUGCUGGGUUUAAUGUCACCCAGUCUCAGGAGCUCCUCAAGCUGACGCUUCAGUUCGGUGGCCUCGGGAAUCGAGAGUCUGUAGGGUGCCUAGUGGUGAACACGAUAGUCAGGCACAAGCUGAAUGGAGUGCUCGACAUCACGCAUCGGUGGGAUGCCGGCGUACGAGAACGACGAUGGGAAAACGUCGUGGUACUCUCGGAUGAGGUCACGAACUGCGGGCUCCAGGUCAGCCGUAUAUCGUGCGAGUUCCUCAGCGUCAGCGUCAGCGCGCGACGGCGGGGUGGACUCGACGGACGGCGGAGGGACGGAAGUAGAGAUGGGAGCCAUGGAGAUAGAGGGAGGAUCUGGCUCCAGAGGGAUGAGCUCGGCGUCGGGACAGGGUGGAUCAUAGUUUCAGAGAUCCGUCACGUCCACCAUAAAGAAGGUGACGUCGUCCUGUCGAAUGAAGUGAGCGAACUGCCGAGGCGAGGUGACAGUGAUAGAGGGGGGUGGUGUGGGCACUGAAGGCUCCGGGGGAGGAGGAUCGGGGCAUGGUAUCGCCGUGGUACCUAUGAAAGGUACGCGAUACGUCUGUCCACACUUCGUUUUGAGAACGAGAGUGUUGGUCGCCCAAUCGGCCUCGGUGCUGCGGAACCGACGAGACCACGGAGUGCCGAGAAUGAAGUCGUACCCCGUCU